AUGAAACUGAACUACACUAAAAUAUUAUUAUUUUUCUUUCCAUUAAAUAUAUUGUUAACAUCACCAUCAAAUUCACAUAAUAAUAAUAAUGAACCACAAACCACUCCACAUCAUACACAAACUAAUAGAUCAUUAUAUGAAAGUGACACAGAAUCGUCAAUUUAUGAUAAGGAUGAGGAUAUGGAAUCAGUGAAGGAAAAUUUCGAACGACAAACCUCACAACGUUUUGAAGAAUACCAAGAACGUAUGAAAGAAAAACAACAAAAACGUAAAGAACAACGUGACAAAAAUAUACAAAAAAUUAUUCAUAAAGAUAAAAUGGAGAAAAACUUAGCAGAAAAAAUAGAAAAAGGUUGUCUUAUGUGUGGGUGUGGGCUAGGAAGUGUUGCAGGAAGUGUUGGAUUAUUUGGUGGGAUUGCUAUAAAUAUCUGGAAACCUACGGCACUUGAUGCUGCUAUUGAAGCAGCUAUAGCUAAGAGUGCUGCUAAGAUUACGGCUGUCGCUGAAGCUGCACGUAUUCUGGCAGGUAAGGAAGCAGUUAUUGCAGGAUUAGAAAAAUUGGGUGUAUCAAUACUAGAUAAUCAGUUAUUGGUAUCCUAUUUUACUACAACACCUUAUAAUACUGCCUCAGUCAUUACUACAGCUCUUUAUAAACAACAUUAUAAGAUAUGUGUAUAUGAUCCUUCAAGGAACCUGUUAUCCUCUUUCGGUGACGUUAACCGUCAUAUUGGUAUUUGCAAUUCGGUGUGGAAACAAAUUUCAGUUGUAUCACAAAGAGGACAAUAUAUUUCACAUGAAGAAGUUAUAAAAAGAACUGUAGAAACUAUGGUGUCAUACGCCGAAGUAUCAGCUAAAGCCGCUGCUAAGACUGCUGAAGUCGCUGAAAAAGCAACAAUUAAAGUAGCACAAGAGAAAGUUAUGGAAGCUACAAUUUACAAUUGGUACACCACAAUUGGUUACACCAUCCUUGCCAUAUUAAUUAUAGUUUUAAUUAUGAUAAUAAUUUAUUUGAUUUUACGUUAUCGACGAAAAAAAAAAAUGAAGAAAAAAGCCCAAUACACAAAAUUAUUAAAUGAAUAA